GGUAGGCUGUGGACCCAUAUCCCCAUCUUCGGACGCCCUGUCAACCACAAGGGACCCGUCAGUAUACAAAUUAAUUGGUUCUGGCCAUAGUAUAGGAUAGGGAUAGAGGGAUAUUUGUGUCGGGUGUGGCUAUGCGGUCAAGAAAAUGGCUGGUUUUACAUCCGAGAUCGAUCGGCCCUUUUUCACUUCAACCUCCCUCACUACGCCAAAAACAUGUUGUUGUUUACCGAUAUCAUCACGGGCGACGAGGUCGCCUCCGACGCUUUUCCAACCAAGGAAGUUGAUAACAUUGUCUACGAGUUUGAAGCAGCCAAGAUUACUAUCAAGGAUGGGGCAGUAGAUAUCGGCGCUAACCCAUCGGCCGAGGAGCAAGAUGAAGCUCUAGAAGACGGAGCCCAAGUCGUGAACAACAUAGUUCAUUCCCAUCGCCUUCAUCAAACAGGGUACGACAAAAAGCAGUACCUCUCGCACCUCAAGGCCUAUAUGAAAGCAAUCAAGGCAAAACUUGAGGUGGAGAAACCCGACCGAGUAGCUGCAUUUGAGAAAGGGGCCUCAGAGUACGCGAAGAAGAUUGUGGCCAAUUUCAAAGAUUACGAGUUUUACACUGGGGAAUCCAUGAACCCGGAUGGGAUGGUCUUACUCCUGAAUUACCGCGAGGAUGGCAUUACCCCGUAUUUCACCCUAUGGAAGGAUGGUUUGAAAGAGGUCAAGUUGUAAUGGGGGAUUCGACUCAGCAAUCCUUGCACAGUACAUGUAUUUUUGGAUGG